UGUGAAUGUUUGUGUUUUCAUUUACAUUUUCUUAAAUGUGUAUCAAACAAUUUCAAUGGAAAUAAUAAUGGUUUUCCGUUUAUACGUGACUUGUUAAUCAAGUUCUAACUUUCAAUUGCUUUAAUUAUGUCUCGAAUCCAAUAUUUGUUUGAUUUAAAGACUUCUAACUAUGAAAAAUAGUAAGAGGCUUUUUAGUGAUGUACACAGAAAAAUAAAAUGUUUCAAACUUGAAAAUGGUCAUAACUUGGAAGUGGAUUAUAAUAUUAUUUAUUGUCACCAUAAAUGGCACUGAGAAAUUGUGCCCGAAUAAAUGUAUAUGUAAAAGGAAUUCAAAUGAUGGUUUCAUAAGAAUGGUCUGUGGAGAAAAAGACAAAGCAGAAGAUAAAAUUAUUCACAUUGAUGAACUGGAACUUCUUAGUGUGGCCAGCGAGUUGAUCCAUUUGAAUUUGUCUGGUAACCUCCUUCAGUCAUUCUCACCCAAAGUGGAGCUGAUAACCCUUCAGAAAUUAGAUUUGAGUAGAAACCAGUUGACUGAAUUGCAGCCGCAUCAGUUUAGUGAAGUUCCAAAUUUGAGGAGACUAGAUUUAUCUGAGAAUGCAGUCAGCCAUAUUGAUUUAUUAGCUUUUGAUAAAUUGAGGCAUUUAGAAAGACUGAAAUUGAAUGGAAAUAAAAUAAGCACCAUUAUUUUGGGCACAUUGGAGCCCCUAGAAAAGAUUGAACAACUGGACAUAUCAAAUAAUCCCCUCAAUUGCGACUGUGGUUUACUAUGGCUCCACGAUUAUAGUCAGAAGCAAAAAGUUAAACUUGUGUCAAAUCCUAAAUGUUCAUCUCCAUCAACGUUCAAAGGUCGCCCAUUACGGAAACUACGAAUUGGCGAUGAUAUUCACUGCAGAUCACCUGCUAGUAAUAGUGGAUCGUUUGCCAUUGAACUGAGCCCUAAUGAAAACCAAGUUGUUUUCGAAGGAGAUCCAUUAUCCCUUCAUUGUGAUGCUCCAAGUAUAUCAGAUUCACCUGAGGAACACUUGCGUUUUGGCUUACAAUGGACCUGGCUCGAAUCUGACCCCAAGCUAAAUUUUUCUGAUAUUCGAAUUAUUAAUGAUACAUUGGGAAGUGCAGGCCGAAUAUCUAGUACUCUUACUGUUCCUAGAUUGAGAAAAAAACAUACUGGAAUAUGGAAUUGUGUUUUCAUAUCCAUACAUGGAAAUCAUUCUAAGAGUGUAGCCAUUGUUGUCAUAUCUGAUGAUACCAAAUACUGUCCGAUGACGCUCACAUCCAACAACAAGGGAACAUAUAAUUGGCCCCGAACAAUUGUUAAUCAUACGGUUUCUAUACCAUGUGAGUCUUUGAACUUGAAUUAUGAUGUAACACAUCAAAAAGCUUUUUACACGUGCAAGGAUAAUGGAGAAUGGUCAAAUUUGAAUACUACAGAAUGUUCAUACAUUUCGGAUACCACCAAAAUUCUUCUGCAGUUUUCUAAAGUCAAUACGAGUAUAGAGGAGAGUGCUAAACACUUCAGAAAUUAUACGUCAAACAUAUCAAUUUUUAAAGAUAUAAUGGAUUUGUUUUAUGCAGUCCUGACAAUUGAAAAUUACAUUAUAUAUGCACCGCCAGAGCAUGUUGGAACCAUUGGUAGUAUUUUGAUGGAUUCUGCAAAUAAUUUGAUGGAACUUCCAAUGACUUACAUCAGUAAAACAAAUUUAGAAUACAGGAUUUGUGAAAAGCUGGUUAAUGCAACAGAAUCUAUUGCAGUUCUUAGUGCUUCUAAUUUGCAUAAGGUAAAAAAAGUUAUAUUUUUAUAAAAGUAUAUUAGGGUAUUCUAUAAAGAUGUCAAGUUUGUCAGUAUUGUUAUCGAUUGCUUCAUGCUUUGA